AUGCCUUUCAGACAGGCGAUUCAGGGCAUUCUCGAUAAGGCCGACAAGGCUUGGGAGGACAUCACCCAUCAAGCCCCUCAGUCCAACCAGCCUACCCCACCGCCAAUUCCAACCUCCAGCAAACCACAAGCUUAUCCGCAACAGCACUCGCAACCCCAGAUCUCGCCAGUGUCCACCAACUUUGAUCACGAACAGGGACAACAUGGAUGGGGCAAUAACGAGUCGCAGAAUUAUGUCGACAGCCCACAAAACUCGUUCCAUUCAAUGCAAGGCGAUGCGGUGAUCGUGCGCGCUCUGAUCAACCACGGGCAUCCUGACCCUGCUCAAAAGUUCACCAGCGCCAGACUGUCGAGUCGCCAGACCCUUAACCGACCACGAGGCUGUCUGUCGGCCAGAAUUACCGCGCCGGUGGCCCGAGGUAUCUGGCCUGCCUUUUGGCUGCUGCCUAAAGACCCCUUCAAGUGGCCCGAGGAUGGUGAAGUCGACAUAAUGGAAGCAUGGAAUGGGGAUGCUAUCAACCACACUUGUCUGCAUUGGGGCCACUUCAACGGCGAGGACUGGAACAAGCAUAAGGUUCUCGAAACCCCCAUCCCCAACAUUAGCUCGCCGGCGGGAGUGAGGUACGAUUUCAUCUGGGACGAGGACGAAACGACGGGUCAGGGGCGUUUGGUCUGGUUAAUCGAUGGCAAGCCCAUCAUGAGGGCCGAGAAGCCGCCUGGCACGAGGAAGAUGAGUGAGUUCAGAAUCCUCAUCAAUAUCGCUGUCGGAGGCAAUGUCUGUCAGGGAAAUAUGCCCAGUGAUGGAUGCUACGAGACAGUAAUUCGUGAGUUGGCAAUGUGGGACGCGCCACCUGGGGGGUUGGAAUGA